AUGGACCGACUGAAAACGAAUCGUUCUGCCCUAUCCAGGCUUCAAAUAGAUGAUAAUCAUGUGGAAUCUAUAGAAAAGGGGUCGGACAUGGAAAGAGCUACAAUGCAAUCUGCUAAAGCUCUUGGCACUCAAAAUAAGCGGUUUGGUCGAUUGUUUGGUUUCGAUUCUGAGUGCAAUCUUACCGAAAUGACUCGGCCCAACCCAGCAUGGCUAGUCCCACUUAAGCCAUCUGACACAGAACCAAUAUCCACUGAUGAGUUGAUUACCAAGUCAGUAAAGUUUUCUGAAAAAUUUAAAAUUCACCUAAGAAUGACCCUAAACAUGCGAUUCUAA